AUGGGGACGGAGGCCGACGCCGCAGCCGUGGACCUGCUCCGGUCGCAGAUCCCGUCCCAGACCGACGGGGAGCUCGUCCUCCCGACGCGCGGCGUGGGGCUCGUCCUCGUCGACCUCUGCAACGGCUUCUGCACUGUCGGCGCCGGGAACCUCGCUCCUGUUGCGCCAAAUAAGCAGAUCAGUAAGAUGGUGGAAGAGGCCGCUAGGCUCUCUAAGCUGUUCUGUGAUAGAAACUUGCCCGUCUUUGCAUUCCUGGAUACCCAUUAUCCAGAUAAGCCAGAACCGCCAUAUCCCCCACAUUGUAUCAUUGGUACUGGGGAGGAGAACUUCGUUCCAGAUCUGGAGUGGUUGGAAAAGGAGCCAAAUGUGACUAUAAAGAGGAAAAGUUGUAUUGAUGGGUACAUCAGCUGCAUAGAGAAGGACGGGUCUAGUGUUUUUGUUGACUGGGUUGGAAAAUAUCAGAUCAAAACUGUCUUGGUACUCGGGAUAUGCACGGACAUCUGUGUUUUGGAUUUUGCAAGCUCAACUCUGGCUGCUCGAAAUAUUGACCGAGUGCCUCCAUUACAGGAUGUCGUGAUUUAUUCAGAGGGGUGUGCUACAUAUGACCUUCCUGUUGAGAUUGCUAUGAAUAUCAAAGGAGCUCUUGCCCAUCCACAGGAUCUGAUGCAUCAUAUUGGACUCUAUAUGGCCAAAGGAAGGGGUGCAAAGGUAGUUGACAGGGUGGUUAUUUGA